AUGUCUUUCACCGUACAGACGAAAGCUUUGCACAGUUUUAUUGAGGUCGUAGGACGGGGAGCCAAAGACUUCUUCGCACAACUUAACCGUCUUCCUUACGCCGCAAUCAUCCUUCGAUUUCCGUUGAGCCUAUAUAAGAGAUCUGAUGAUGUCCAUCAUAUGAUGGACGGAAGCUCAGUCUGUUUUCAAAUGAAGCGAAAGAGGAAGUCUCGUGGACUGCGUCAACCUGAACGUCGUACUGAAGCUAAACAGCUGCAGUACGACGGGAAUCAUUCUUCGUCUUCUGAUGAGAUCGAGUUUCGAAUCUCUUCUUCAUGCCCCAACAAAGAUAUUCCUAAUAUAAUAUCAUGUGAAGGAAACAUAUGCUCUUUGGCAUGCCACACUUAA